GACGAAAGAUCACGCCGUGCUUCAAGAGGAACAUCCCAUGGCGGGCAUGAAGACACGUGUUGUUCUGCCUGCAGCUGAGGGCAGAAGAAGACCUGCGACGACGGAGCCUUCACGGCGGUACGACCCGUCCAUGUACAACCAUCUGCCGUCGUGGGAGACACCGCUGCCUCCCUCGUCAGAUGACAAUUGCUGUGGCGGUGACGAUGCCGACAAAGGAUUCUGGGAGAAAGUCGAAGCGGUUGACUACGACGACGAGAAUGUUGUUCGGCCUGUGGGGAAGACGGGKGGGAGGGGKAUWGGACGCAGCAACCGUGGUGGCCGUGGUCGAUCCGUUGGCCGUGGCGGCAGAGGUGGCGUCACCGAGGACGGAGGGAAGUCUGCGACGUACUGGUCGACGGACGAGCAGAUGCUCCUCGUCAGAUGCAAGCGGGAACAGGAGAUGCACCUCGCCGGGCUGGGCCACAAUUACGGCCAGAUGCGGACGAAGGAGCGGAAGUGGGUCGACAUUGCGAAGCGCAUGGCGAACGGUGGGAGCCCUAAAGACGCACACGACUGCAUGAAGAAAUGGAACAAUUUGUUCCAAAACUACAAGAAGAUAUAGAGGUUUCAGAACGCGAGCGGGCGGCCAGAUUUCUUCAAGUUGUCCAACGACGAAACGA